AUGGCAAUGAACAACGAUGUGGUGAUAGAAAUCCUCUUGCAUCUUCCAGUUCGAUCCCUCUUGAUAUUUAGAUCUGUUUGCAAAUUCUGGUGUGACGUCAUUGAUUCUACACGUUUUCGAGAGCUGCACACUGAGUUACAUAUCAACAACAAUAACGACAACGGCGGCAAAUCUGAUGAUGCAGUAUAUCUACAAUUUACUCUUCCUGAUGAGAUAGGAAUAUUGAAACUAUCAACAAAGCUUCUAGACAACGGGAAGUCGUUAAAAUCGCAUGACUUUCCGUCUUUCAACAGGACACAUCAUAGGACGGCUGAUCCGAAUAGGCGUUUAAAGGUAGCUGGGGCAGUUAAGGGUCUAAUAUGCAUAAACACUUCUUCAGAAGAAAAUAUUCCAUCCAUAGUCAUAUGCAAUCCUUUUCUAGAUCAAUUGAAGAUUCUACCACUUCCUCACCGCCCUUCUUGUCAGUCGUGUGGAAGGACCCUUUGUUACCAACAGGUUGGAGUUGGCUUCGAUGAAGAUUACAAAGUGCAAGCCUACCUAUAUUCGAGAAGGAUGAAUUCUUGGAGGAAGUUGGCUUUUGAUCAAGAAUUGUACAUCCAUGGUCCUAUAAAGUCGUUGUGCAAGAAUGGCUCCUUUGCACACUGGAUAGGAUGGCGGAGAGACUCACAGUUUGUCAUACUAAGCUUUGAUAUGAAGAAUGAAGUGUUUCUGACAUUCACGAUAUCAGGUCAUGUGCAUGAGUCGUUUUACAUGAAUCUAGAGGUUCUUGCAAAGGAUGAAUGCUCGUUUGUUUUAUUCGGAUUAUAUAGUUCGCUAGUGGUGAUGGUUUAUGAGUCGAGAGUCGAAGGGAGUGAGCUUAUAUGGACUCGUGUGAUGAAUGUGGAACAACGUGUUUUACGGGAUAUGCCUCUUUGGAGGAGCGAUGAUUUUGCAGUGUUCAAGAAGCGUGAUUGUGUGGUUUGGUGGUUGCUUGAUUUUCUCGAAGAAAGGGUUUUGUUACUUUUGUAUGAUUGUCGUGCUCGGGAAUUCAUCACGCGUUUGGAGCUUCCGGAGACUUUGGCUAUAGUUGAGUAUGAAGGAAGCUUCAUUUCACCUUAA